AUGCAGUCGCCCAUCAAGAUCCUGUACUUCGGGAACAUCCAAGGGCUCUUCGGGCACCAGAAGUUCUACUUGAUACCUCCGCGGCUCGUGAACGGCUUCACCAGAUGCGGUCACAUGGUUUACGCCCUGAACGAUCGCGACUUCGCGCGUUACGCCAAUCCCUUUCGCAGCCGGGCCUUCGGCGCACGCAAGGUCGAUGGCAAGCUGCUCGCGGUCUGCCGCGACUAUCGGCCCGAUCUCAUCGUUCUCUCGAACUGCGAGAUGGUCACGAAUGAGGCGGUACAGGCCGUGCGGGCGAUCCUGCCGGGGGUCCGGAUUGCCUACCGUAACGUCGACAGCCUCAACAUGGGCGGGAACCGCAAGAGGGUUGAGCGCCGCCUGGGGGUGGUAGACACGAUCUUUCUGACGUCGAGCGUCGCGGGGCUGCAGGACCCGAGCGGCCGGACGAAACUCGCCUUCAUGCCCAAUCCGGUCGACCGGAGCCUUGAUCGCGGCCGCGCCUUCGAGACGACCAACCCUCGAUACGACCUCUUUUUCGCCGGUCAGGCGAUCCGAGACCAAGUGGAUCGGCGACCCGCGACUCUUGCCAGACUGCAAGGCGAACUGGGCGAUCUGAAACUCGGUUUCUUUGGCUCGGUGGUCGGCAAGCCGUCGCUGUUCGGGCAAAGCUAUCUCGAUGCGCUGGCGGACUCGGCAAUGGGCCUCUCGCUCGACCGGGAGGACGAGCACCCGCUCUACGCCUCGGAUCGUAUGUCGCACUACCUGGGAAACGGCUUGUUGACCUUCGUGAAGCGCGGCAAAGGGUUCGAGCGCUUCUUCACCGAGCAGGAGGUCGCUUGGUUCGACGGCGCCGAUGACCUGAUCGAGACAGUUCGGCGGCUGGCUGUGGAGAGCCAUGAAAGGCGGCGAAUCGCGGAGGCCGGGUGGCGCCGUGCCCACGAACUGUUCGACUGCACGCGCAUCGCCGCCUGGAUGGUCGAGCUGAGUCUCGAUCGGCCCUUCAGUCAGCAAUACCCUUGGGUCGAUACCUAA